AUGUACGACGACGAGUGGAACCGACUGACUCCCAACGAACAGCACAAAAGGCGCAGGGAGCACGGAACAUGGCCCGCCAGAUUCCUCAAAGCCCUCCGGUUCAAAUUACACAAGAAGCAGUCCCCGGAGCAGAGAAUGGGUGCCACCGGCGAGCUCACCCGCCGCCGCCGUAUCCAGCUUCACUUCCUGGAACUGUACUUUUCUCCGGCCAUGGUCGCGAGGAUGCGACUACACUUUCAACACUUUGCCGAGUACCAGCUGUCACUCUCUAGAUAUGUCAGGUACCGUUGUAAAGACAUGCUGCCCCGUGAGUUUUGGAACCUGCCGGCCAACUCGCCGAGCAGAAUGACGAAAGCUCGGCUUCUGCUUGUCAUCAGCCUGGUCUUCCAUCCGGAUGUCAGCGCUCAGAUUGCUUCCAACAUUGAAGAGUUCGAUGAAAUUGCAGGUAUCGAGUGUACGGACGCGUUCAUUGGCGAGACUAAGUUGCGGGAUUGGUUGAAGUACCUGCUUGACUACACCCUGUCAGGAUAUGAUGUAGGCUCCGGAUAA